GAUGCCUUCGUCUAAUUCACGGCAUACGGUAGGAGCCAGGGUUUAGGGUUUAAGGGUGCUCUUGGAAACAUCUCCUCCCCGAAGAAGAUUAGCCACUGCGACCUCUGCGACCAUGACCCCUUGAGUGUAGGCACUUGUGGAAGCGCUCUACAGGCGCGCGUGGUUUUGUAGUUUUGUUACGUUAUAGUGAAGAUGGACCCAUCUUUUCUCUUCGCCGGUGUUCGCUUGAAUACGAAGAAGUUCGCUGCGGACGUUAAUCGAUUUCGGCCGAAGAAAGACGAUAUUAGCGUAAAGGAUUCAGAGGUCGCGGUGUCGGCAGCAGUUUCUCAGAGUGGUGUUGAAAGCAACACUCAAAGCAAGAAGAGGAAGAGAAAAAAUAAAGAGAACGAAUCAGAAACCACUUUUAAUCUGUUUAAGCGCAGAAAAUCUCAAACUGUUGAGACUUCUGAAGUUGACCAGGAUGAUCAAGAACCAGAACCUGCGCAGGGAGCAUUGCCGGAAGCAGAGGUCGUUGGAUUGUCUAGGAAGAAAUAUCAGAUUCAUGUAUCUGGUCGAGACGUUCCAGCUCCACUUGUUGCAUUUGAGCAGCUGCGGACGCAGUACCGAUGUAGAAAGUACCUAAUGAAGAACAUUAAAGAAGCUGGAUACACUGAACCAACACCUAUUCAGCGCCAAGCUAUCACUACCUUGCUAGCAGAACGGGAGUGCUUUGCCUGUGCACCCACAGGCUCAGGAAAAACAUUGGCUUUCUCGCUCCCAAUUCUAAUGAAGUUAAGGGUACCUAGCAAAGAGGGAUUACGUGCACUUGUGUUAUGUCCUACUAGAGAGCUUGCUUUGCAGACAACAAGAGAGCUUAAAAAACUCACUGUUGGAACCAAAUUCCGAGUUAGGGUCAUGACCAAGGCAUUGGCCUUGUGCAAUGAUUUUUCUAAUUUGCCUUGUGAUAUUCUUGUCUCCACUCCUUUAAGGUUGGAUGCCCUUUUGAAGGGAUCAAAAAUUGAUUUGAGCAAGGUGGAAUUUUUGGUAUUGGAUGAAUCAGAUAAACUGUUUGAGAUGGGGUUCGUCGAACAAAUCGAUUCUGUGGUAGCAGCCUGUACGAACCCAAAGAUCGUACGUACCCUUUUCAGUGCUACCUUACCAGACACAGUGGAAGAGCUUGCUCGCUCUAUCAUGCAUGAUGCUAUUCGCAUCACAAUUGGAGAGAGGAACUCUGCUUCACAGACAGUCCGUCAAAGGUUAGUCUUUGUUGGAAGCGAGGAAGGAAAGAUAUUGGCUUUACGCCAGAUAUUCAAUGAGAGUUUGCGGCCCCCAGUUUUGAUUUUUGUUAAAAGUAAGGAGCGAGCAGCAGAGCUCCAUAAACAGUUGGCUUUUGAUAAUCUCAGCAUUGAUAGUAUUCAUGCUGAUCGCACUCAAGCUCAGAGAGAUGCUGCAGUUGAGAGAUUUCGAGAGGGGAAGACUUGGGUGCUUAUUGCUACAGAUCUGAUGGGGAGAGGGAUGGACUUUAAGGGUCUGAACUGUGUCAUAAACUACGACUUCCCGCCUUCAAUUUCAUCAUAUAUUCAUCGUGUUGGUCGCAGCGGAAGAGCAGGAAGGGCAGGAGAGGCCGUAACGUUUUAUACGGAGGAUGAUGUGCCUCUGUUACGUUCUGUUGCUUACGUUAUCUUUUCUUCUGGAGGUGACGUGCCAGCAUGGAUGCUGAGUCUUCCCAAAGUGCAGAAGCGGAAGUUUAAACCCCGUGACUCUGAGUCGAAUGAGACUACUCCAGCGACUGGAGCCGCAGAUAAGAAGCAAUCAAGCAAGUCGCCCUCUCAGAAGCCUAUGGUAAAGUCUGAAGGCUUUAAGAAGACCAAAGAAUCUACUACAAAGACAGGAAACAGGAUGGAAAAGAAAAACUUCAAGGUUUCUUCGAAGAACCCGAAGAUAUUGAACAAGAAUAAGAAGGUCAAGAAAUAAGAGGAUGGUCUUCACCUAAUUCAUAGUAGAUGUGAAAACAUUAUUUGCAAAGCAUGGCUUUCUUUGUAGGGAGGCUCAAAGCAUAGAGGCUUUAGGAAGAGAUAGAGCAUUGGACGUCACACUGCAAUGGUACAAACCUUCUUGCAAGUUCGGGAUGCUGAUGCAACAAUGACGUAGGUACUUUCGUCCAUAACCGGGAUCUGAAGAUAAUUUUAGUUCUUCUACAUUUUGCACUACUUUUGCAAUUUUACGUCCACUUUAGCAUUCAAUUUAUAGAGGUUGUUGCGCAGGAAUUUUGAUUAUUCAACGAGGCUGGGAAGAGAGUCGGUACGGAAGGUCGUGCAAAGGUUGUAAAACAAUGAUGAAGCCUUAUCUUGUUUAAUACUUAAUCUGUUGUUCCUUUGUUACGUCCUACAAGUUUCAGCUAUGAUUGAAUUGAGUUUUGUAGUUGUAUUCUAGUACUUUACUUUUUAGAAGAUUGCAUCCGUUAGGCGAUAGUUCGUUUUCAGAUUGUUUGAAUCUUGUCUCUACUGAGAUUACGGUUUGCAUCACCCUGCUCAGAAGUGUCUUAAUCUGUUCUCUUCUUUGAA